UUCUACUACUGAACGAGUUUCCUGUUCUGGGACUCUCCACACUGAGAGAAGUUCAGCUCCCCAUCCCAUCCCAGGCCAGGAGAAACAGGAGCCUCUGCAGAUAUGCGCCUCCAGGAGCCACUGGGGCCCCUGCUACUCUCUCUCACAGCAAUCCCUGUUUCCUAUGUGGUGAAUUCCCUCUCUGCAGUGUCUGACCCUGUCUCUAUAGCAGGGAUCGGUACCCUGGUUCUGCUUGGUUUGCUGCUCUUGUUAGUAUUUUUUGUCCAAGGAGAUCCUCCUAGUGACCCUCUGUUCUAUGUGUUUGCGAUUUUCUCCUUCACAAGUGUCAUUGAUCUUAUCAUAUGGCUGGAAGAAGAUGGGUACAUCAGUGGCUUCAUGGAGUUUUAUAUGAAAGAGGGGGAGCCAUAUCUCCGCACAGCACACGGACUGCUCAUCUGUCUGUGGGAUGGUACCGUGCAUUAUAUACUGUACCUGUUAAUGCUGGCUGCCAUAGCUCGUGGGAGGAGUUACAAGGCUGUGGGACUAUUCUGGUUGGGAUCUCUAGUUAUGAGCAUGCUGGUAUUUCUACCUGGAAAUGUAGUCGGAAAGUAUGGGAAUGAAAUCCGUCCUGCUUUCCUCCUCAACAUCCCAUACUUGUUCCUUCCAUUUUGGGCAGCAAUAAGGAUCUUUCGAGCAAGCCAUGUCCUUCCUAAAAUCCCAAUAGAAAAGGUGGAGAUUUCCCAAAAAGAGACAAUCCUGCAACGUCCGCAGGACUUGGCAUUGAUAGUGUACCUGUUGGCUGCUAUAACAUUUACAAUCUUUAGGGGAAUGCUUGCCCUAGACUGUCCCUCUGAUGCCUGCUUUACAUAUAUCUACCAAUAUGAACCGUAUCUAAGGGACCCAGUGGCUUAUCCCAAAGUUCAGAUGCUGGUCUCUAUGUUCUAUAUUGUACCUCUUCAAUGUUUGUGCAUCUAUGCUCUGCUGGUCCCUGGUUGCUCUUGGAUGUUGGACUGGACCCUGAUAUAUGCUGGCGCAAUUGCUCAAGCCCAGUUUGCUCAUGUGGGAGCUUCACUUUAUCACCGUACCCCGUACACCUACCGUGUACCCCAAGAUUCCUGGUGGGUAUUUAUAAUUUCCAACGUCUUGUACACCUUGGGGCCCCAACUUCUGGCGUACCGAUGCCUGAGGAAACCUGCCUACUUCUUGCGAAUAACAUCUCACUCUCCAGAAGAUGGAAAGAAAAACAAUUAAUGAGAAAAAUGAGAAGGAUAUAAGAGAUGUGUGUACUUGAGAGGUUGAUAGGGGUAAUGUCUUACUUGCUAGUGGGGCCUUAAUGUAUGCCUGCACAAUUCUUAGUGGCUUACACUGCCCCAUAUUGCGCCUCAGGUUUUUGGUUUUUUUAAAGAAGAUGCUGGCC